AUGCGUCUAGACUUGUUGGCCGUUCUAAAACGGAGGAAGAAACCAUCGUAUAAUCAUGAAAGAAAACUAGGUUACAGAGAUGACCAGGAAGUUUCCACAAAAUUUAUCUUUGCAGAGCAUUGCCUGCAAGGUAACGCUGUAUACUUGAAGGUUGGAGUUGAUACUGAAAUACCCGCAAGAAACCUUCCACUGAAACUCCCCAACGGCCUAUCAUUGACGUAUGGUGAAAUACUCGGGCUGGUGGGCGAUCUUUACGGGACAGAUCAACCUAUUAGUGAUGGUGUUACCCAAAAUGAGCAACAUCAUAGGUUUCUGAAAGCGUUCGAUACACUGGCAAAUGAUACCAAAUAUGCUCCGGAAGAGGCCCCUAAACUUCUUGAUAUACUUCAUGAUGAAAUGGAGGAAAUCAAGAAGGCCAUACAGGCUGGAAAGCCGGCAUCGGAAGUCCAUAAUCGACUGAAAGUCGAUUUAGGGAAAAGCCUUGGAUUCGCAACUCUAUUCCGACCCAGUGGGAUACCAUCCUUCUUAGGUCUUGCUUUGAUCAACUUCGACCAUUUUGGUACAGAUUCAGAGACAGCGUAUAAUACUGGUCACAAUGCUGCUAUCCAAUAUGCUUUGCGUACGGACAGUGACCUGGCGGUGGCAUAUGCUAUGAAUGCCUUUGCAGACCAUUUCCUACACGACCAUUUUUCUUCCGGUCAUCUACGUGUUCCCCGCCGUCAGCUUCAUGGCAGUACUUUGAACUCUGCAGAUGCUUGUUCUAAGCUUAUGCACGACGAAGAUAGCUGCAUCGGCUUGAAAGUCAGCAAUCAGGAUGGGGAUUCAUGGACCGCAUAUGGUGACUCACGAUUGCUUGACGACGUGAGUAAACGGCACCGAGAAAUAUUCAUAAAAGCCCAACAAGCAUCAGUAGAUGAGGUAUUCCAGGCUUGGAGAGAUAAAGUCGUACCACCAACGUUUAAGGCAUGGAAAUAUGCGCCUACCAUCGAAUCCGCCUUGUCACCUCAUCAGCCUCUUGCUCCGUUGUUCGUUAUGUCUACAGGAGAAGACAAGAAACCAGUGCUGCUGAGAAGACGAAAUAUAGACCACGAUUUUCACGUGACCCCUUUGCGCCCGGGCCCCUGCGCAGGCCAACGUAAGCUAAACGGAAGCUUCAACCUCAGUGACAUAUCUCUUCAACUCUGCACAUCAACAAAAUUCUCCCAACCAUACCACGCCAACCUGCUAUUUCUGCCUUCGCUUUUCACCAUGGCCGAUAAGCUGCGUACCCUUCAAAAUCUCGAGGCACUUCAGGCCCGCUACAUUGGCACAGGACACGCUGAUACAACCAAGUACGAAUGGACAUCCAACAUUAUCCGUGACAGCUACGCAUCUUACAUUGGACAUCCACCGCUUCUCCAAUACAUGUCCAUCGGCAUGGGCGAAUCAAAGGAAAAAGUUCGAGCCUCGAUGGUUGAGAAGAUAGUCCGAGGAGCAGGGAAUCCGCCCGAUGUGAGUUGCCAUCCAGUCUCUACUUGGUGUUACCCGUUGAAAAGUCAAGAAAGUCAAGAAGCUAACAUGGUCAUGAUGGCAAUAGACAAGUGA